UCCCCUUGCCCGUCCAACUGUCCUAUUUCCUGAACUCUCCCGAACACCUCAGCGGACACUACAGAGCGCAUUGCGGCAGCAGGGAGCGAGCUGGACCAUGAGGCUGACACUACCUAACCCAGGCCUGGAGGAUCGGAUCCUGAGCCAUGCCCAGUUGGAGAAGCUGGAGCUGGAGGAGGCCGGAGAAAGGCCGAAGUGGGACAACAAAGCCCAGUACAUGCUGACGUGCGUGGGCUUCUGUGUGGGCCUGGGCAACGUCUGGCGCUUCCCCUACCUGUGCCAGAGCCAUGGUGGAGGCGCCUUCAUGAUCCCUUUCUUGAUCCUGCUGGUGCUUGAGGGCAUUCCACUCCUUCACCUGGAGUUCGCCAUUGGCCAGCGCCUGAGGAAAAGCAGUGUGGGAGUCUGGAGAACUGUUAGUCCCUACAUGGUCGGAGUAGGUAUCGCAUCCAUGUUCGUGUCCUUGCUGGUCAGUCUCUACUACAACACCAUCAUCGCCUGGGUCAUGUGGUACUUCUUCAACUCCUUCCAGGAACCUCUGCCCUGGAGCCAGUGCCCCUUAAAUGAAAAUAGAACAGGUCUGGUGUCGGACUGCGCAAGGAGCUCUCCUGUGGAUUAUUUCUGGUACAGGAAGACCCUGAAUGUCACCCCGGCCAUAGACGAGACAGGCGGUCUGCAGUGGUGGAUGGUACUCUGUCUGAUUGCGGCGUGGGGCGUGCUUUAUGUCUGCUGCAUCCGUGGGAUUGAGACCACUGGGAAGGCGGUGUACGUGACCUCCACAUUACCCUACUUGGUACUCACUAUUUUCCUCAUCAGAGGACUGACCCUGAAAGGUUCCGUCGAUGGAAUCAAAUUUCUCUUCAUGCCAGAUCUUGCUGAGUUAGCAAACCCCACUACCUGGCUGGACGCAGGGGCUCAGGUGUUCUACUCCUUCUCUCUGGCCUUUGGGGGUCUCAUCUCCUUCUCCAGCUACAACUCUGUGCAUAAUAACUGCGAGCAGGAUGCUGUCAUCAUCUCCAUCAUUAACGCCUUCACCUCGAUCUUCGCUGCCACUGUCAUCUAUACCAUCAUCGGCUUCAGAGCCACAAAGAGAUUUGACGACUGCUUGGGAGGAAACAUCCUGACCCUUCUAAACACAUUUGAUCUGCCAGAAACCAACAUCACCGUGCAUAACUACGACCAGGUUCUGCGUGACCUUAACGCCACCCAUCCAAACAUCAUCCAGGACCUAAACCUGCCGACCUGCAACCUGAACACCUUCCUCAGCGAGGGCGUGGAGGGCACUGGUUUGGCCUUCAUUGUCUUCACUGAGGCCAUCACCAAGAUGCCCCUGUCGCCCCUGUGGGCCGUCCUGUUCUUCAUCAUGCUGUUCUGCCUCGGACUCUCCUCCAUGUUCGGCAACAUCGAAGGAGUGCUGGUUCCCCUGCAGGACCUGGGGGUCUUCCCGAAGAGCUGGCCCAAAGAAGCCAUUUCAGGUGUGACGUGUUUGGUGUGUUGCUGUCUUGGCCUGAUAUUUGUUCAGGGAUCAGGGGAUUACUGGCUGGCACUCUUCGACAGUUUCGCUGGCUCAAUCCCUCUCCUCAUUGUGGCUUUCUGCGAGAUGGUUGGAGUGGUGUAUAUCUAUGGUGUAGACAGGUUCAAUGAAGACCUUGUCUUCAUGAUCGGUCACAAGCCCAACAUCUUCUGGCAAGCCACCUGGCGAGUCAUCAGCCCCCUCGUCAUGCUGGUCAUCUUCCUCUUCUACUUUGUCACCACCAUUUCCAAGGAGCUCUUCUACAUCGCCUGGGACCCUGAAUCGGAGAAAUUUCCUACUUUAGAGAAGAAGCCCUAUCCAUCGUGGAUUUAUGUCAUAAUCUUCAUCUUGGCUGGGAUUCCCAGCCUUUCUGUACCUGGCGCAGCCAUUUUCAUGGCUAUUCGGAAAUGGCGAGAUAAGGCGUACUCUGGCAAUUAGAUGAGAAGCACAGAUCCAAAGCUGACGCCAUACAGGACUGGGUGAUGUUAUUGUUUUACAUUUUGGCUAUUGGCAUUAUUUCCUUCACAUUGUUAUCCAGACCACUUAUGUCUGCAAUGACAUGCUCAUGGCUACAAUUCCAAGACGGGCUCACAUCUCUAACUGGUUCUAUGAAUCCUGUAGGAUUAUUCUGUUUCUUGCACAGACGUACCAUGUACCACGAGUGCAUGAUUUUUCAUAUUUUUAAAGGAACACCCCAUAUAUUAGUUCCAGGGAUCAUUUUCCAGAUAUCAUUUGUAAUUACUGAGCCAAAUGCUACAGCACCUUAUUUAUUUUCUAACAAAUAUUUUCAAGAUAUUUUAAUUUCCUUUAUAUCAUUCAGACCUGUUUUAUUUAAUUCAUAUUCAAAACACAUAAAUAUGCUUUAGAUAUGUGGAUUUUGUUGUCAUGUUUUCAUGCAGCCAGGUUUUCUUGAAAUAAAUAUCUUUUCAUAUGGAUUUCUAGAAAUUACUAGUUUUCUUGUGAAGAAAUUGACUACAAAUUGACUACUAUUUUGUGUAACAUCAGUAUUACAACUUAAACAAUGCCAUUGGAGGGAUGUGCAUAAAUGUACACAUAGUUAACACCUCAUUAAUAUGGCUUCAUGGAUUCAAUAAGUAAAAAAUUAACUACAGGAUGUAGCACAGAGCACCAUUAAAUAAACAAAGGA